AUGUUUUUCAUCCACCAUUUUCAUCCGGUAGUUUACAGUUUGACUCAUAAUUUUAUUGUUUUACUUCGCUUUUUUUGCUAUAAUUAAUUAAUAUCGCGUGCUUUUCAUCAAUACUCGAUAGAUUUAAGAAGAUUGAACGCGGCUACGUUAGUUUAAUAAUGUUUUAAAUUCACCGGCCAUUCGUAAUCUACAUUUUGUUGUUUACUUAUUUUAAAUUUCAACUCGACUGCUAGAAAAUGGUGAAGACUGAACCGGGCUUGAAUGAGAAUCAGAAUAACGCGAUGGAGCCGGAGUACAUGAGGAAGCUGUUUAUCGGCGGAUUAGAUCUGAAAACCAGUGCCGAAGAUCUGAAAGCGUAUUUCGAGAAAUUUGGCGAAAUCGUAGACGUGGUUGUUAUGAAAGAUCCAAAAUCUAAGAAAUCGCGUGGUUUCGGUUUCGUGACUUAUUCGAAGAUGAGUAUGCUCGAUGAUGCUCAGACUAACAGACCUCAUGAAAUAAAUGGCCGAACCGUCGAACCGAAAAGAGCAGUUCCUCGUAAUGAAAUCCAUAAUCCCGAAGCCAACAGCACCGUUAAGAAGUUAUUCGUCGCUGGUAUUAAAGACGAUGUGAGCGAAGACAACAUGAGAGAAUAUUUUACCCAAUACGGUAACGUUGUAUCUGUUGUAAUCGUGACCGAAAAAGACACCGGUAAAAAACGAGGCUUCGGUUUUGUCGAAUUCGACGACUACGAUCCAGUUGAUAAAAUAUGCUUGGAAGGUUCGCAUACUUUGAAUGGUAAACGAGUCGAUGUGAAGAAAGCUCUGAGUAGAGAUUCCGCCGGACGUGUAAUUGCUCCUAAACCAAACGCACCUCGCGAUAACUGGAACGGAAACAGAAGCUGGGGCGGUGGAGCCGGUGGCAAUGAUUUCAGAGGAGGUCCGGGUAACAAUGAUUUCCGAGGUGGCCCCGGUAAUGACUUCGGCGGCGGUCCUAGAAGUAACUGGAUAGAUAACGAUUUCCAAUCGCAAGAUUACGGCGGUGGCGGCGGAGGAUAUCAAUCCUUCGGCGGUCCCGGCGGUGGAGCUAAUGCUGGCGGUGGCCCUAUGAGAAAAGGACCCAACUUUGGAGCUAGAUCAGGACCUUACAAUAAUGGUGGUGGUGCACCUAUGGGUGGUAGAGGUGGUAGAGGUGGUCCUCGCGGUGGAAUUGGCGGUCCUCGAGGAAUGGGUUCGGGUCGUGGUAGGGGUGGCGGUCCCCCUCGACGAGGUGGCAAAUAUUAAACGUACACGGUUACUUGAACCGUGCCAAGAUUUUACACUCAGGUAAGAUGGCGCUGAUUUGUGAAUGUACAAAGUCAAGUAUUCCGAUCAGAACCGAUCAUAAUUUGUACGUUAUUAUUCGUUCAUGUGUUACGAAUUUUUAUUUUCUUGAUGACAAGUACUCUUGUAAUGUGGUUAUUCGAGAGUUAGUUUGUAAUUGCCUGCGGUUCUACUUAUUUACUCCUUUAUGGGAAGCAACUGGAAAGCUAAAGAUACUGAAUUGUCGUAGUUGAAUUGAUUGUUGAUGCUGAAAAAUUAUUAUCGAGUGGUUCGAAUCUGAAAUCACUGGCUUGGUCAAGGGGUAGAAUGGGAAUUGCAUUAUUGUGUUUUAUUGCUUUUGAUUGAUUUAAAUGUAUGUGCUAUUGAUUGAAUAGAAAUGGCGAAGUUUUGAAACACCUCGUAUUCAUAUUGUU